UCAUCUAAACGGCGCGAAUUGUUUAGAACGUGAAGUGAGGUUAAGUCAGUCGUGAUUGUUUUGGUUUUUAUUAUUAUCAUCAAUUAAAAUCUUUGUAACGCUAGAAUUUAAAAAAAUAGUAAAAUGGAAACGAUAGAAGAGAGUGUAAUUUCGCAAUCGGACGACGAAAAUGAAAUGAACUUAACAAAUCGGGGUAAAAUUACCAAAAAGGCCAACAUUAUUGAUAGUGACUCAGACAACGAAAACGUGAUUAUUAAAACCAACGUAGUUGAAAUGCAAGACUCAGAAGACUCUACUUUAAAUGAUAAACCCACCAAAAGUAGACUCAAACGAGUGGCAGUCAUCGAUAGCGAUUCUGACGACGAAAAAGACCAAACUAAUUCUCUUAGUGUGAAAAGACACUCCGGUGUGCUUAACAGUGACGUGGAAGAUGUCGUCGAUGAGGAAGAAAUCACCCCCCAUAAUAAAAGUUUCCCCGAUGAAAAUACAGCAGUGCAGGCUAUAAUUUACACGACGAACAGCAAGGGGGCCUUAAUUACAGAAACAACGUCAAUGGUGACCCCCUCUCUAUCAGCGUUGUGUGAUUCUGACUCAGAAGAAGAACUUGAUCACAAUAUUAUUGACACAACAGUGGAAAAUUUGCAACCACGUGCGUAUAAAAGAGCGCGGAAGAAGAACACCGACGAACCCAAAAAAAUGACUGUCAAAGACGCAGCUAAACAAAGAAGCGAAAUUCGUUCGGAAUCUCAGAGAAUGGUGCGCUGUUCGAAUGUAAGUUUGCCCUAUCAUAAACCCAAGUCGUACACAAUCACGGAAUUUUUGCAAAAGAGGUCCAAGUUGGCGUCUACUUUACCUCCAAUUCCGAAAGCGUCGCCUUCGGUCGCUAUUAAAAUGUCCAAAGACCAACUAAAAGAAGUUUCAAAAAACUUAGACGCGAGAAUCAAGGAGGUGGAGGAGUUUUAUAAGUCCGAAAGCGACGACGACGAAGACGAAGAGAACGACGACGCAACUGACGAAAUUCAAACUUGGUUGAACGAAUUAGUCGAAAAAGCGAUGGAUGAAGUGGAAAAAACUGAAGAAGUGGUUGAAAUGGAAACGUCAAAGACUGAAGAAUCGCUCGAGUACGAUUUUAAUUUAGAUGAUAGCGAAAACGACGCUUUAAAAAAAUCUAGCGUGACUGACUUGAUUAAGGAUAAGCUCACGCUUCAGCCUAAGUUGUCAGGGUCGCCCGACGAUAUUAUCGAUUUUGACGAAGGGGUGACCAAAGUGAGUGCCGUUAAAAAACUGGUGGAUAAAUUUUUUCAACACGCUUGUAAAAAAGUCCCCCAUAAGCACAAAGUCGAGUUGAACGUGGUGGAAGUCGGGUCUCAGGGUCAGAUUAUCAAGGAGACGGUUUCUAUGAAUGUGGAGGAGGAAGAGGAGCCUGCGCUGGUCGAGACUCCGGGGGCUAAGUUGAAGAAGUUGCGCGAGGAGUUGCAGCUGCAGAUGGCGCAGAAGAGACUGGAGCAGUGGAAGUUGAAGCAUGAACAAGGGGACUGUCUGACGACGGAGAAGAAGGAAGGGUUUGAGGAGGAAGCGGCUGAGAAGGAUAUAUUGGAUGAUGAGGAGGAGGAGUGUGAGAUGACUGAGAGUGAAACGGAGGAAGAAGACGAUGAGGAAGAAUACGUAGAGGCGAAACCUGAGAAGAAAGUUAAAUCGGUUUUUGUAGAUGAGGAGGCUUUAGAAGAUGAAGAAAUGGAUGAAGGUGGGGACGAAAGUGAAGACGAUAUAAUCGAGAAUGAUGGGGGUGAAGACGGCGCCGAAGACGACGCUUGUGAUGGAGAUGUUGAAGAACCGCCAGAGGAUGAGAAGUUGCAAAGUCCAAAGAAGAAAGUGUUGAAGAGAAUCUUGAAACCGUUUAGUGUUGACUCAGAUGAUGAAGAGGAUCAAAGUCAAGUCGUGGAAUCUGCGGGGGCUUUAAAAUAUUACACAACUGACGAAGACGACUUCAUACCCCCAAAUUUGCCCCGAGUCGGCAAAACUCCGCAGCGCACACAACUCGAUAAAAAUAAAUCCGAAUUCGACUUCCUAACACCAGUAACGUAUUUAACGGGCCUCCAGAAUCUAAAUUCGGACUCCAAGUUUUUGCACGACUCCCCAACAUCCCCAUCUAAUCUAACUAGAACUCAAUCACUCGAAACCGGCACCCAAUCUCAAGUACAAAAGCAACUGUUUUCGGAAAACUCUGAGCCGUCACAAGACUCCCAGGGUAAUUUCGAAGACCUAGCACAACUGUGCUCUGGAACGUUUCCCGAAACGCAGACCGGAGCAUCCGGUGCCAAGUCUCUCGAGACAGAAGAGUUACCUUCCACUCAAGAUUUAAUAAAUCUGUGCUCAGGCGAUUUUUCCAAUACUAAUUUAAAUAAAGAAGACAAACCAAUCAACCAUGUCCACACUCACCCAGACAACGAACUCAAAAGUCUUGACGAAGAACAAGACCAAAUCAUCUCUCAGCUUCUCGACGAAGACGAGUUAGAACGCUUCAAGAAAAAAUUCGAAUCGCCCAUCAACCCCACGAUCCGGAAAACUCAAGUGUUGGAAGACGUCGAGGAAGUCAACGCCACCGGUCUCAUUAAUUCGGACGAUGAAGGCCUCGAAAUCAAAAAGAAGAAACGCACGAAAUUGGUGUUUUCGGACGACGAAGAUUCCGACGACGAAGACGUGGAAGAAGACGAAGAGGAAGAGAUAGAUUUGCACGAUGACGUGGACGAGGAGCAACAGCUCGAGGAUGAGAUCGUCGCGCAGGAGUCGCACGGGUAUAAAAUAAGCGACUUUUUGGAUAAGGAGGCCGAAUUGUCGGAGUCGGAGUGGGGGAGCGCCGACGAGGACGAGAAGGGUUUGGAUGAGCUGGAAGUGGAACAAGGGGACGAAGAAAAAUUCAACGAAAAUAAAGUGAGGAGUGAGCUGGAGAGGAUACACAUGCGUCAGCUGUUGGAUGAAGAUAACAGAGAGGUGAAACUUCUCCAGGAGUUGUUAUUGGAAGACGGCGAACUGCACGGAACCGGUCGGAAAAGACAAUUCAAAUGGAAAACUCUCGACUCGGCCGAUGACAGUCAAUUCGAGAAGCGCGAUGACGAUGACAUAUACCUAGACGAAGAAGAAACGGAAGAACAUUGGCGCAAAAUGAGGCACAAGAGAGAAAUGUUUUUGAAGAAGAAGUCAGGUGGUGACGACGAGGACAAUAUUUUAAGUGAUAGCGACAUUUUAAAAAUCGGACAACAGGUUUUAAAAACUAAGUCACUGUCUUCUCAAAAUAGUACUCCCACUAAUAAAGAAGAAACUAAAGAACCUUUCAAUUUAUUGAACAAGCGAGGGUCGUUUUUGAGCAGGAGCGACCAGGUUUUACAACGACUAGCGGAAUAUAAUAAAGUAACAACUAGUGUAGGAAAUUCGGCAAAAAAUUCGAAGUGCUUUGUUUUUCAAACAGUUGACUCUAGUGUGGUUAAGGAUAACAACAAUAAGAGAAAAGCGACGGAAAGCACACCAAACGUGAUUAAAAAAUUAAGGCUAGAUGACUUAAGUCCAGCCAUUGCGAAGAAGAGCGCCGGGAAAAAUUCAAAAGCAAAAAAACUCUUCGGAAAUUGGUGAUAGUGUUACAUUGUGCAUAUUUAUUUAGGUUAUUAUAAGCAAUAAUUUUGUAAUGAGUAUUUAAUAAAUAAAUCGUUUUAUUAU